UAUUAAUCUAUGGCACUAAUAUGCAUGGCCGGAACAAAAGGGCUAUUUAUUAAUUUUGUCGGUUUAUUUGACGUGUUUAUUUGUUGUAAUUUAAAAUGUCCCGGAGGAAAAUUGCUUUUCUGACUGAAUAACGCGGCGCGCUCGGAGAGAUGAGCGAUGAAAGGCGAUCUGACACCACAAUCGGCUAAUUUUCAAUGGUUAUAUAGAAGCAAUCGACCUACAUUUUCGUAAUUGGCUCUCAAGAAUGAAGUUGGGCGUCUUAACCACCGACCGAGAACAACUCCGUAGAAACUGUCUGCUUUUGUUUAGCAAACUAAUUCGCACGAAAAACGCCGAAAGUUUACAAGAAACUUUGCCGGAAAGGUCGGACGAUAGAAAACAGAAGUUAACGAAAUGUCUGACGACGCUCGAUUUAACAUCUCUAGGAGUAGGCAGCUGCGUUGGCACAGGGAUGUACUUAGUAGCGGGUAUGGUUGCAAAAAAAGUAGCGGGGCCAGGUGUAGUUAUCAGCUUUAUUAUUGCAGCAAUAGCUAGUAUUUUUUCAGGUGCAUGUUAUGCAGAAUUUGGUGUUCGAGUGCCUCAUACCACCGGCUCCGCCUACAUGUAUUCAUACGUAACGGUGGGGGAAAUGGUGGCCUUUGUGAUAGGCUGGAACAUGAUCUUGGAGUACUUGAUCGGUACCAGCGCGUGUGCCUGCGCCCUGAGCGCAUGUUUUAACGCUCUCGCCAACGGAGCGAUUAGCAAAGCCUUACAUACUAGAUUUGGAGAGUUUAUUGGUAGAGACCCGGAUUAUUUGGCCUUUAUCAUAACCAUUUUGAUGAUGUUAAUCCUGGCCGCGGGGGUGAAGAAGUCUCUAAUUUUCAACAAUAUCCUAAACAUAAUCAAUUUUAGCGUGUGGGUGUUUAUAAUGACCGCGGGACUGUUUUAUGUAAAUACCGAUAACUGGACCAAGCACGACGGGUUUAUGCCUAAAGGAUGGCCUGGGGUUUUUACCGGUGCGGCCACCUGUUUUUAUGCGUUCAUCGGAUUCGACAUAAUCGCCACCACCGGUGAGGAGGCGGCCACCCCUAAGAAAUCGAUUCCUUUGGCCAUCAUAACCAGUUUAGUGAUAAUACUUACCGCUUACGUCACUAGUUCCAUGAUGCUUACUUUAAUAGUUCCCUAUAGCGACGUGGACGAAGAAUCAGCGCUAGUAGAAAUGUUCGGCCAAGUAGGCGCCUACAAAUGUAAAUAUAUCGUAGCGGUAGGAGCUCUGGCCGGAUUGACAGUCUCUAUGUUCGGAUCGAUGUUCCCCAUGCCCAGGAUAAUUUACGCUAUGGCACAGGACGGACUGAUUUUUAGAACGUUCUCGCAAGUAUGGCCGAACACUGGAACCCCAGCUUUGGCGACUUUUUGUAGCGGAAUGGGAGCCGCUAUAGCCGCCUUGUUCAUAAAACUCGAAAUAUUGGUGGAAAUGAUGUCGAUUGGGACCCUGUUGGCUUAUACGCUAGUGUCCACAUGCGUUUUGGUCCUACGAUAUCAGCCCCACACCACCAAUUUGGUCGAAUUGCUUCCUCAAAGUCUUCGUACGCCGUUACAAGAGACCCCACAGAAAGAUGGGGUACAACAAACCACUAAUGGCAUCGCAGGGUUAUACGAUAGGAAAAAGGAGUCCGGCUCAAAGCAUAACUUGGACGGAAGUUUGAGUAUUCCACACGCGCCCACCCCUUCGCCAUCACCUUUGCCAACUCAAACUACGCAAAGGGUUAUGGUUAGACGAGUUACUCGUAGCUCGCCGGACAGCGACGACACUUUCGGGGGCGACGAGCCGGAUGACGAAGAUAAUUUUAUGCGGGACGAUCAGUUUUUGGUCUCCGAUAGGACGGAAAAUAAGUUUUAUGGUACUCUUCCUGGAGGAGGCAGUACGACUAGUACCGGAGGUGUCGUCGGAUCAACAGUUGGACCUAGCUUAGGAUAUAUUGGAAGAAGAAUACAGGCUGCAACGUAUUUAUGUCCAGCGAUUUUCCCAUGGAUCGACACCGGCCCUGCCACCGAAGAGUCCGGCAUGUUAGUGAUGAAAAUGGUGGGAAUCCUCUACCUCCUCGUCAUUAUAUUCGACCUGAUUGUCGUCAACGGAAUGGACAAUAUGAAUAGUGCCACGGUAUUUUUUCUAUGGUUGUUUUUCUUCGCUAUUCUCGCGGUGCUGUUGGCCAUAUCCAGAAAACCACAAAACAGAAGUAGCCUUUUGUUUAUGACCCCAGGCCUCCCGUUUGUGCCGGCGAUCGCCAUAACUGUAAACAUCUACUUGAUCCUGAAACUGUCCAAAUUGACCCUAGUAAGAUUCACUAUUUGGAUGACUUUGGGGUUUAUCAUGUACUUUUACUAUGGUAUUAAAAACAGCACGUUAGAAGAGAAACCGGACGUCGACGGUACCAUUGAGUUAACAGUUACCGAUCAAGAAAAACAUACUGUUACUGAUAUUUAUGCUUAUCAGCCAGAUAAAAGUCUCUUCCAAGAUCAAUCGACUUAUAACUGGAACCCGAAUAUGUCCUGGGACCAUACUCCAUCGUGGGCGGCGGUGCCCCAGCAGCCCCAACAGUCCAGUGCCUGGGGUCAAAGCCAGCCACAAAGACCUUCCGACACUGAUUCAAGAUCAGCAACCACCGGUGGCAUUAAACCCAGCGACCUCUUUGUCAGCGACCCGACUGCCUAUUCCGCAUGGGAUGACUAAACCAAUUAAAGUGAGAUUAUUUAAAAAAAUAAAUAAAUAUAGAUACACAUAUAAGUAAGAUUAUUUUAGAAAAUAACGUUAUUAUACAUAAAUUAAUUAUAACUUAUAAAGUCUUCAUAAUAUGUAUGAUAUUUGAUUAAGCAGAGAGAUAUUCUUUAAGCACAACAAUAUGAACCACGAAAAAGUUCAUUUUUAGAGUUUAAUACCAUAUCAAGAAAUUUUAAAGUGUUCACAGUAAAACAUCAGCUUAUUAACAAAUAUUAAUUCAACAACAUAACAAUUUUUUUCUAAUUUAUAAUGGCCCUUGGGCUCAUUUUGAAUCAAAAUAUAAAGGAAACUGAAUUAUUGAAUGCGUAUGUAUAAUACAAGUCUGGCAAACUGAAGUCUUGGGUGUGGAAAUCAAUGUACAAGUCACAAGUUAGUUGAAUUUAACUCCUUAACUUAGGGUUUUGCCUAUGAUUUCUCUGUUGCAUGUUAAUGCACGGCACCCAAGAACGAAAUGUCAAGUCUCAAAGUUUAUUGGCCAUAUUUACAAAAAGGUUGUGACCUUAAAAAAAGCUACUUAUUGUCAUCUUGUAUAACCCAUAUUGUGUGAUAAAUUAAAUAAUAAAGUGCUCUCUUUAACUUUGCAAUAUUUUUAUUAUUAUUGAAGUUUUCUUUUUUUAUGUAUAAGUGACAUAAUAUUAUUAAUUAUAUGAUAAUUGUAAAUUUUAAGAUAAUAAACUUAUCAUAAUAAUUACGGAUCUUUAACUAUAGUUAUUUAUUGUAAAAACUUGUUAAUUAUAUUAUAAUAUUAUAAUGUAAAGAAUUGUUACUUAAUUAUGGAAAGAAUAGUGCAUUUAAUAUAGUUCUGUCAACUCAU